AUGGUCUUUCCUACAACCUCACUCUCUGCUGCACCCACUACCUCUUAUCAAUCAUCUACUACUACCAAUAGCACCACCACACCUCUCUAUCAAUCAACACAACAUCAAUUACAUCAACAAUAUAGUUACUAUAACAAUCAUAAUCAUAACCAUUUAGAUAAUCAAGAGAACUAUCCACCAGCUAAUAGUAAUAUUAAUAACGGUCUUGCUGCAAGUUCAUCAUCUGUCAAGAUGCAAUCUACUUCAUCUUUGCAACACCAAUCAUCAUUGAUCACUAAAUCAAUGGUGAUCAGACCGUCGGAACAGCAACAACAACAACAACACCACCACCAAUCAUCUUCCUCAUCUUCAUCUUCCUCUGCUGCACAACAGCAAGAACAACCAAUCAUUGUCAAAGAGGUAAUUAACAGUGGCGGUCAAACUCAUAUUAAGGAGUAUAAGCAAGGUGAAUUCUUGGGUAAAGGUGGUUUCGCUAAAUGCUACUUGAUGACCGAUUUAGAAACAAAUAAAAUUUAUGCCGCCAAAAUCGUACCAAAAUCAACACUCCAAAAACCAAGAGCCAGAUCAAAGUUAAAAACAGAGAUUAGAAUUCAUAGUUCUUUGAAUCAUGAAAAUAUCGUAAAGUUUGAACAUUGUUUUGAGAAUGAAGAGAAUGUCUAUAUUUUGUUGGGUCUAUGUAAUCAAAAGACUGUAAUGGAUUUACACAAGAGAAGAAAGUUCUUGUUGGAAGCAGAGGUUAAGUACUAUGUUUAUCAAGUAAUCCAAGCGGUUCUCUAUCUACACCAAAACAAGAUCAUUCAUCGUGAUUUAAAGUUGGGUAAUCUUUUCAUUCAUAACAUGAAGAUCAAGUUGGGUGAUUUUGGUUUGUCCACAAGAGUUGAACGUGAAGGUGAAAGAAAAAAAACUAUUUGUGGUACACCAAAUUAUAUUGCACCAGAGGUACUCGAUAACUCCAAUGGUCACAGUUAUGAGGUUGAUGUUUGGUCGAUCGGUAUCAUUCUCUACACUCUUCUAAUUGGAAAGCCUCCUUUUGAAACACCAGACGUAAGAAAUACCUAUCAAAGAAUCAGACAGAACCAAUAUACUUUUCCAGAGGAGCCUACCAUCUCCGAUUAUGCCAAGAAAUUAAUUAUAUCAAUUUUAAAUCCAAUUCCAGAAAAAAGACCAAACUUGCAUCAAAUUCUCGAGAAUGAAUUCUUUACUCUUUCCACCAUUCCUAAAUAUCUGCCACAGACUGCCUUGACAAUGAUUCCAAUGAUUAGAAUGCAACCAUUGUCCGAGAAUACUAACAUCGUCAACCAACAACAACAAUCACUAACCACAUCGCCACACAAAUCAAAAACAUUCACAACCACUUCAACCACCUCCACUAUUGCAGCAUACUCCUCGUCAGCCAACAACAUAGUCACACUUUCGCCAAACUCACAACAAAAGCUUUCAGAUGUAGACAAAGACGAUUUCCAUUACAGAAAAUUAAGAAGACUCGAAAAGAUGAAAGAAAAUGAUUUAAAAACUAAACUAUUAAAACAAAAACUAAUAACAUUACCAGAGUGCCAAGAUUAUCAAAUGGAUGGAGCCAACAACAAUGAACAACAACACCAACAACAGAGCCAACAACAACAACAUCAACAACAAAUAUGUAAUAAUGUAAAGGAUUUGGAAGUUGGAAUUGCCAAUAACCAUAUUUCUGAACCUUCGACAAAGGCAAUGAACGGACUACCAUCAAAUCUAGUAUUCAUCGAACAAUUUGCUGACUUUUCAAACAAGUAUGGUCUUGGUUAUGCUUUAUCCAAUGGAUCAAUUGGUGCCUACUUUAAUGAUUCAACCAAAGUUAUCAGUUUCCUUGGAACUGGUAUUGCACAUUAUAUGGAACACGCAAAAGGAACUGAAGGAGACGGCAGAAGAAUUUUAAAUAUAGAUGAGAGUCACCCACAUGACACUCAAAAGAAGGUUACUUUGAUCAAAUACUUUGCAAAUCAUCUUAACCAACCUGUAAAAAUCAAACAACUAAUCAACAACAACAACAAUAAUAACAACUAUGCUCCACAGCAAAAUGAUUUAAAUAAUCCAGUCUAUGUUAAGAAAUGGAUUAAGACAAGUAAAGGUAUUGCGUUCCGCCUUAGCGAUAAGACAAUUCAAGUUAAUUUCUUUGACAAAUCAAUAAUAAUAUUCACAAAGCAUCAUAUGGUUACAUACAUUGCUAGUGACGAAACAACAGUAAAGACCGAUCGUUUAUCAAACUUUUUGGAAUCGAUGGACUCAAAGAUCGUUGAUUUAUCUGUUAGAACAUUGUCAAGAGAUCUUACUGAUUGCCUUCCAACUUCAAGUUAA